AUGCGGCCGACGGACAAAGACAUUGAGGCCUUCGACCUAGAUGAGCUCUUUCAGCAGUAUGAGACAGACAUUUUCCAGCGGGUCAACGGUGCGGCGGAAGACCCGUCUGGAUCUGACGACCUGGCACAUCUCUUUGAGGUGCCGUCGUCGAAUGAGAUUGACCCAUUCAGCACACUGCCUAUGCCGAAUUGGGAUCCCAGCUCAGAUGAUGCUUGGCAAAGAGCUCUCCAGCUCCUCGAAGAUAACCCAGCCUCGCCCGCGCAAGACAAAUACUCCUCUGUCUAUCCGGAGUCUGGGGGCAAAGCAUCGUUGAGCGAUCCUGGGCUAUACCACCCAGCUCAUUACUUCGAACUCGAUCACAGCGAGCGAAGGCCAUCUUCCUCUGCGCCAUCGACACCAAAACCAUCCGCCACUAGGCCCAACAAGAAGGUAUACUCUACGCCAGAUCAAACCCACAGGCAGAGAAUCCAAAAGCCAGCCGGGCGGAAAACGAGCCCAUUGACUAAGAUGAUGGCCCCGUCGACAUUGCGCGCCGGCAUUCAGGACCCUUGGGCAUCCAGGAUGGACACCGCCUCGGAUGAGUUCGCCUUGAAACUCUCCGCUUCCGACGAUCCUCGUACACGUCCACCCUCCUCCAAGGUAUCUCAAGAACCAAGCACAAACGGAUUGUUCCCACGAGCACAGCCUUGCACAGUGGCCUUGUCCCCGCCUUCCGUGGAAGCAAGCCCUGAGACACAGCAUUCCAACUACCAGCUCACGCCACUCUCCUCUCCUGCAAUCGAUACGAACUCUCGCGGCAGGACAUCAACAGAUCUAUUCAUAUUCGGAACCAACGUUGGAGGGACAAUGAACCUCCAUCCCCAUGCGCACAAUGCGGCUCUUUCAGCCUUGCACACUCCUCCGCCCUCGACUGACCUUCCAAUGACCACGUGGGUUCCCAAUACCACGCCUACGUUGGACUUUGCAUUGUCAGCCUCGCCAGAUUUUCACUCCAUGACAAGCAUGUCCGGGACCUGGUGGAACAAUGGCAUGACUGCGACCACCACCCAAGCGCCUACGCCCACGUACAAUGGACAUAGAAGGGCCUAUUCCCAAGGACAGGGCAUGUCCUUCAGCAGUGGUGGCGGAGUCGGACUCGGUAUCUCCUGCGACACCGCCUCAUUCUCCUGCUAUGGCGGUGGCAUGGGAAGUUCCAAUACGCCUAUGAGCAACAGCUUGGGGGCAUCCGCAACUCGUCGUGCACAUAAAUCGUCCAUUCGCAAAUCAUCACAUAGCUCAGCCCCACAUUCAGCAAGCCACAAAUCCGCACAGGACUGCUUCGUCAACUUCACCCCGGACGACAGCAAGAAGAUUCUCACAGGCGUGGCGCCGAGCGGGAGUAGCAAGACGAAAGCGCGAAGGGAGAAGGAGGCGGCUGAUAAGAGGAGGAAGCUAAGCCAGGCGGCUAUGAAGGCGGUGAUUGAGGCUUGGGGGGAUAUCAGUCGGUUAGAAGAGGGUGGGCUGUUGAGUUUGGAGGUCGAGUAA